GCCUGGGAUCGUGUGGCCACAACAACACACAGUCACAGAGCACAGAGCUCAUUCAGGGAAAGAUGGCGACUCGAGUCCUCCAAAGUGUGGGAAACAGCCUCAACCAGGCUAGAAAGGGUGUCAGAGGGAACCAGCAAGUUUCUCUCACGAUAAGGUCUCUCUCUGCAUCACCAAGCAAAAACCGUGAGGACAGCUGGUUCAAGUCUCUUUUUGUGCGCAAAGUGGACCCUAGGAAAGACGCACAUUCACAUCUGCUAGCCAAGAAAGAAGACCAUAACCUCUACAAAAUCCAGUUUCACAAUGUCAAACCAGAGUGUCUUGAUGACUACAACAAGCUUUGUGAGAAAGUGCUUCCCUCGAUCCACUCCGAUCCCCAGUACACGUGUGAGCUGGUGGGAACCUGGAACACUUGGUAUGGGGAGCAGGACCAGGCAGUUCAUAUUUGGAGAUAUCGAGGAGGAUACCCAGCCUUGACUGAUGUGAUGAGCAAACUCAGGAAGAAUCAGGAAUUCACGGACUUCAGAAAAGAGCGGUCAAAGAUGCUUUUGUCCCGUCGGAACCAGCUGCUUUUGGAGUUCAGUUUCUGGAAUGAGCCGAUGCCCAGAGAAGGGCCAAACGUAUACGAACUGAGAUCGUACCAGCUCAGGCCUGGAACUAUGAUUGAGUGGGGAAACUACUGGGCGCGAGCCAUCGAACUCCGCCAGGAGAACCAUGAGGCUGUUGGCGGCUUCUUCUCUCAGAUUGGGAACCUCUACCUGGUGCAUCACCUCUGGGCUUACAAAGACUUGCAGUCCAGAGAGGAGACUAGAAAUGCUGCCUGGAAACAUGAAGGCUGGGAUGAGGCAGUCUACUACACAGUCCCUCUGAUUCAGCACAUGGAGUCAAGAAUAAUGAUCCCGACGAAAGCGUCUCCUCUGAAGUAGCCAAUCGGAAAGCCACCCAGCAGGUGAAGAUGGAACUCAUUUCUAGGGAAGUGAAUCACCUGUGAGGGUUUCCACAGCCUUGGUCAGCCAUGGGAUUUCAAAACACUAGCACGCUUUCCUUUGCUUAAUGUCUCUCUCUCUCUUUCUUCUCUCUCUCCUCUCUCUUCACUACAACUGUUUGCCGUUAAAGACGAAACAAAAAUCUUAUCUCUGUAAAUGCAGCCGCAUCUUGCCUUUACACUGACCCCGUUCAUAUCAAAGUAACGGUUUCCUUUGGAAUUUUUACCCAUUCCUAGACAGCCAUGAUGAUGGAAUGUUGCUGGUUUAAAAUGCAACCACUACUUUGUGUGUGCAAUAAACAAAACAUAUUUAUUGAAAACAAAACUGAGAAUCAGCAAAUUGAGAUGAUCAUGAAAAUGUCUCGGAAGAUUGAUUGUAUUUGACACCACAGCAAAUUGACCUCAGUAAAUCUACUAACAACUCUUAUCGGUAUGUGUAGCAUUGUAGCAAUUGUACCCCUGCUGAUCAGUUGACUGUCUAUUUUUCUGUGUACUCAAAAUAUAAUUUUGGACAUUGAUUAUGUUCUUCCACUGCAUUUUUGGGCAUUCACUGGUUCUGCUAAAAGUCAGUUACUGUCAGGUGUGUGAUGGACAUAAUGUCACAUGACUACUCAAAUGUUGUAAUUACUGAAUAAUUCAUGAAAAGAAGCUAUCUUUCCUGACUCAACAGCUCCUACAGUAGUAUGUAGGUCCUCUAUUCAUAUGGCAUGGUGUUGCCAAUGUGAGUUUGCUGAUUGGAUUAAAUGUUUGACAGCAUACUGUAGAUGAACUGCCAGUAAUUUAUUAAAACAAAGUUUCGGCCUGAAGCCUUACAGUAAUUUAAUGAACUGAAGGAGACCGCUCACUCUUUUUCCGAUACCAGUCAUUUUAAAAAAGUUUACUGAAUUACUGGAAAAAGAGUGUGCAGUCUCCUUCAGUUCAUCUACGACUACGCAUCCUGCGACCAACAGCUCGUAAAAAAAACCACUGGUGUGCGUUUGUCUCAUACUGAAAUGGCGGCAUACUGUUGCUCAAAGAAGCUGAAUUCAAUUGGUCCACAUUUAACCAGAGACAACAUUUUAGACCCCGAGAUCAGAUUACUGAUUCAGAUUACUGAAACGCAAGGAUAGGCAAGUAUGCCACCGAGCAUUCUUAUAUCAAGUCAACCACAAUACUCCUCUAGGAAUAUUGUUUCGCAAGAUAAAAUGAGAACCUCCUGUCGGUUCAUGAACGAGUUACUGCAUCUUCUCCUGUCAAGAACAUAUUGGAAGACCACAUUUAUCAUAUCGGGUGUUAUCAGGUUCCCGAGUGGCUUGGAUUUUUGUUACGUAUUACGAGUUGGCAGUGUUUGACCACAGAAGUACCGGUACAAAUCCAGUCUUGGAUGCCCAAAACAAGUUAUCUGCUUGAUCCGUAAAGAAGUGCAUGGGCCUUUUAAUAGUGUAGGUCCAAUCUUUUAAUGGUUAGGGUUUGGAUUUGUGAGUUGACUAAUGCCUUGCAAAAUGACUAGCAAAUAAUUGUAUUUUCUUUGUGGGGUAUGAAUUGUUUGAUCUGCUGUGAUUUUGUCAACAUAGAAUACAUGAAUAUGAAUUGUAAUAUUUUUCUACAGUGAUGAUGCUUUUGCUUCCAUUUAAGGAAAGCUUGUCACUGAAAGUAAGCCAUUAAAUCCAUUAUGUUUACAGUC